AUGUCUGCAAGCAAGACAGCUGGCACGGCAAUUCUCCAGUGUUUGAUUAUCAAGUAUAUUGAGGAAUGCUGGAAUGGGUAUAAAAUGAGCCUGGUGAAUACACAGCAAGAUUCAAUUCUGGAAAUUAAACCUAAAACUUUGGUUGUAUUGAGAAACUUUCUCCAAGAUAGAAUGUUCUUGAAGACUUUGAUGGCUUUCAAAAUUGUGAUGGUGACUUUUGUUGGUUUCAGUCAGGUCUCAGGAUUGAUUAAUCAAGCGACUAGCCAAUGUGAACACAACUCCAGAAGAAUAUACCAUACAGAGAAUGGCAGGAAAUGUGGAGUUGUGUUGUGGGAUCCUAAGGCUAGGUGCCCUCAUUGGGGUUCUUAUUGUGAGGUGAUCACAAAUGUUAGGUUUUGGGAGUGUUGUGAGACUGACUGUAAGGCAGAAUGGCAGGAGAGAGAUUGUAACCGAGCUCAUGAGGUUUGCAGAAUUUGUCAUCCCACUAGCACAUCAUAG